AUGACCGGAGUUGAGGGUAAGGACGCCAAAGUCAAUCGGCUCAAGGAAUUAUUGGACGGUAAAAGGUAUCUACUGGUCUUGGACGAUGUUUGGAAUAAGGAGUCCAGACUAUGGAAUGAGUUUCUUGGGUCUUUGAGGGGUACUAGCCAAGCCAUGGGGAGCUGGAUUCUUGUGACCACUCGUGAAAAAGAAGUGGCAACCAUCACGAGAAUUUCUUCUCCUCAAGAUUAUUCCUUGAAAGAAUUAUCACAUGAUCAAUGCUGGCUCAUUCUCAAAGAAAAUGCAUUUGGCGCUGGGAAAGUGCCAAAUAGACGGCAAGAAGAUAUAGGUUUGAAGAUUGCAGAAAAAUGCCAAGGCUUACCAUUAGCUGCAAGCGUUCUCGGGGCAUGUUGCGUAACAAGGGAACGGCUGAAUGGGAAACUUUAG